CGCUCCUCCUCUUCCGAGCGGGGUCACGGCCCUACCCGUGCGAGCGCGUUUUCUGAGAGUGGAGGGUGCACGGCAGGUCAGGGCAGAUCCAGGCCCGGCACCAUGUCCCGGAACCUGCGCACGGCGCUCAUUUUCGGUGGCUUCGUCUCUCUGAUCGGCGCCGCUUUCUACCCUAUCUACUUCCGGCCCUUAAUGCGGCUGGAGGAAUACCAGAAGGAACAAGAAGCAAAUCGCGCUGGUAUUGUUCAAGAAGAUGUGCAGCCACCAGGGUUGAAAGUGUGGUCUGAUCCAUUUGGCAGGAAAUAAGAAGGAUACCACCAAUUCUGAUUACGAAAGUAGACAUCAUCACGUUUUCAGCUCUGCAGCAAGUACAAUAAAUCAUCUGGCUCUAGAAGGAUGGCCGGAGAAGAACGCUGCAGUGCCAUAGAAAGAGUACUGUGCACGAGGAUUAAUAUUUCCCUUCUUAGGUAUCAAAAGAACCCUGGAACAAAUCACACCAUUAGGAAGGUUUUCAUGAUCCAGUUUACUUUCUAAAAAUGAAGCUUUUUCACCCAGCUGUGUUUGGAAGAGAGCUGCUUAUUAUUCAGGCUCUGCUUCUUACCCAACUGAGCGGUGGUAGGAAUAUAAGCAACCAGUAGAGUUGGGAAGAUUCUAGUCUGUCUUGCCAUCUUCCAUAUAGGAAAUUUCAGUGAAAAGCCACCAUACUGAGCAGCCUCACUGGAUUCUUUGAAAAUUUUCAAGUUGAUAAAACUCUUUGAGGACAAGGUACAUUGUACUCUAAGAAUAAACAGUUCAGCUUAACUGUUUCUUUGCUGCACAUUGGAAAAUAAGUUUGAAGCAAGUCAAACUAAAUGGGUAUAGUAGAAAUCAAUGUUGAAUUAAUGGAAGUGAAAAUGUGUAUAUUAAAAUGAUUUAUUUUUAUUUCACAAUGGUAUAAGUUUUUUUGGAAAUCCUUAUUUUCUUUUUUUUUUAUAAAUUCAGUAAAUUAUACCAAG